AUGCUGUUGGCAAGCGGAAAGAGCCAAGACUUGUCCCAAGGAAACGCCAGCCCAAGCAGGGCUAAGCGGGUGGAGAUAAGAUCGCUGUGCCACACCAGCGGCAGCCGCUCCGGAGGACGGUCCAUGCUGCCAGGAGUCCAGGACCCAUUCAACGCCAGUGACAGGGGCAGUCGGUGUCAUGCGAACGAGCCCUUUGAGAAUCGACAGGAACGACGGCCAUCUCCCGUCUCAUCAACACGGAUUCACUCCAAGCUCCUCGAUCUUGACCCCCGCCUACCCCCGAUGGUGCCGGUGGACGACUAUUGCAAGUGGGCUACCAAUCAGCUUGACCAAGCUUCACAAAGCCCACAAGACAAUGGCAGCUCGAUGACGGAGUCAGUUCACUUGUCAGGCCCAUGACCCAUCCUCAGCGUCUCCGAUGUUGACCCCCUGGUCAGAGAGAUUCAAUGUGCGUCACAGUCAAGGACCCACUGCCAUGGCGCUGUGGUCGGUGGUGGUGGAGCAGCAUGGCAAGGAAACCCCGAGACUUCUCAUUGGCCUUUCAAGCUCUCGCUCUCUGGUACCAAUUGUUUUAUCCACGCAAUAGCUCACCGCGUGCUGUUUGGGAUCAGUCGUUCUGCUCGACGGCUGCUCCGAACAGCUUUGCAAAAUACACAGUCUGAUCCA